ACCUUACAUGUUUACAGUAUAUGUAUGAAAAUUUGGCAACUUUCGAUAGUAAAUAAUCGUCAUCCUAACAAAGAGAGAUAAAUAUUUCAGCACCUGUGUUAUUUAUUUUAUCAUAAUGUAACCAGGAAGUAUAGAUCGUGGGAGGUCAAAUUAUAGUUACACUGUAAAACUCCCACAAAAUGGCGACAGACAAGGACAUAAAGUCGUCUGUUCUUGCUAGUUCAGAGGAGAUUUUUGAUACAUAUUGCUCACCGUGUUCGGAAUCUGGGAAACUUAUAGAAGCAGUUAAGUUUUGUGUGGAUUGUGGGUCGUAUUUCUGUUCUAAAUGUCUCAAGUAUCAUAAUAAAUUUCCAGCACUAAGAUCACACCAGAUAUUAGACAAAUCUGAUAAAAUCAGAUCAGAUGGAAAUAUUGAAACAGAACCCGGACUACCAACAGAAAGGUGCGCAGUUCAUCAUGGCAAGUUAGUGGACAUGUUUUGUAAAGACCAUGACGAAGUUUGUUGUGCAGCAUGUAUAGCUAUAAAACACAGGUCAUGUAUAAAUGUUGAUUAUCUACCCGACGUUGCCCAGGGAAUAAACAACAGUGAUGAGUAUGAAAAAACUAAAUCAUCACUCGAGAAUGUUCUCAUCGAAUUAAGAGGUGUGAUAGAAGCUAAAACAGAUAAUCUCAAAAUACUUCAGAGGAUAAGGAGCAGUUAUUUGAAGAUAUAGAAAACUUGAAAACAGAAAUUCUGAUGAAGAUUGAAGAGCUGGUAGAAACUUCAAAACAACAAGUAUCAUUGAAGUAUGGAGAAGUAAAGAAACAUAUCCAGUCAGAUCUAGAUGCUUUAAAUACUAUUUUAACAACGACAACAACAGAUUUCCGGAAACUGUCAGAAAAAAAUGAAUCCCAGUUGUUUGUAAAUCUUAAAGCAAGUAAAGUUUCUAUCAGGGAUUGUGAAACUUUUUUGAGUGAAUUAUCAACAGGUAAAGUAAAUGAGAAGUUGGGAUUGAUGGCGAAUAACAAUCUGAAAGAUAAACUAAAUGACAUUGAGAGUUUAGUUGUUGACAUUGGUGUGAAGGAAUACAAAGCAACACUUUCUGGAAAAUACAAGAUCGAUCCGGAAAAUUGUGAGGUAACUGGUAUAUGUGCUAUGGAUGAUGGUUCAUUUGUCAUUGCCGAUUACACACAUUCAAAACUGAAGCGACUGAAUGAAAAAUUCACGGUAACAGAUUCCGUUACAGUUGGUGGAAAUCCAUACUCAGUAUGCAGAAUAGGGCAAAACGAGGUUGCAACGUACAUAUGUGGUAAUGGUCAUAUACAGCUUAUUUCGCUCGGAAAAACUAUGCAGUUGGCAUUGACAAUAAAUAUCGGCAAGUGUAAUGAUCCUGUUGGUGUUUGUUAUGAUACAACGCUUGACGGAAUCAUGUUAUGUGAAAGUAAUAAAAUAUCAGUAUAUAGCAAGUCCGGUAACUUAAUAAAAACACUUGAGAAGAAUAAAAAUGGUGACCAGCUAUUUACAAAAGCAACACAAGUAGCAAUGAACACAAAUACUAAGAUAAUGGUUGUUUCAAAUGGCGACGGAAAUAAUGUGAAGGCAUUGACAAGAGAUGGUGAAAUAGUUUGGACAUUUAGUGAUCCAGCAUUGCAGAGACCAUGGGGAGUCUGUAUCCUGCCUGGAGACAUAAUCUUAGUCAGUGGACUUAGCUCAAACACUGUACUGCAGGUUAACAAGAAAGGUAAAAUGAUCAGUGAACUGUUGGGAGGUUCUGAACAACUAAACCAACCGUUUGCAUUGGCUUUUGACAAGAUGAGUUCUCGGCUGUUAGUAGGGUGCAGUUCGAACGAAUUAUGCGUGUACACGUUAACUAAGACAUAAGUUAUACUUGGGGGAUAAUCAGAAACACAAUUAACUGGGUGUGACACUCUCAUUAUAGUUCUGUGACGAAACAAAUGCUCUUUGUUUCAGUAAAUAUAUUCAAAUAACAGGAAUGUCUUGCUAUCUCUUGCCUCUGAUAGUGUUAAUUGAUAAUUUUCAAACUGAUAUCUCUGUUAGAUAAAACAUGUGAAGUGUCACAAAUAGAAAUUAGUGUCAUAUUAUUUUUUUUAAUAUCUUUAUUUAUUCUCUACUUAAAAUUUAAGAUAUUUGAGUUAUACACUCCAUAAAAGGAUACACAACACAAUAUCUUUAUUUCCGAUAUAAAUGUGAUUUUUGUUAAAACGUUAUAUCUGAUAAUAAAAAUUAUUAAUA